UAUAGUUCCAGGCACGUAGCUAAGUUCUCCAUUCUUUCGUACGAAUGCCUUAAAACCAGAUGUCGGCAGAGAUUCGCUGCGCGGCAGCUUUCCUCGAGCAAUCUCUGUGUGGAGCAACGUAAAGAAAAGCGACGAUCAAAGCGACGAGAGUUUCGCGAAAUCUCCGUCGCUUGGCACGGAAAAGGAUGUGGCAACGAACUAAGCUAAGCGGUAUGGAAGUGAGAUUCGAACCCCCGUGGAGUCCAAGCAAGAAAAGAUAAGAGGAGGAAAAGUUUUCCAUGGAGGGAGGAGAAAGAUUGGCCUUGAAGGAGAUUUGGUGGGAAGUAGCCAGCGGAUACCAGACUUGGGCAUAUCGUGUUUUCGUCGUGGUGUGUUGUGAAAACCAAGCUUUGGAGCUGGCAUUUAUCGCGCGUGCUAGUACCAAAGCCUUGCAAUUUUUACCACAUACUCCCAAGAACAUUACCUCUCUUCUAUCUUCUUCUAUCUUCUAGCAAACCUUUCUUCCUCUAUGAUUCAUGGAGGACGAGCUCUAGCAGCGCCGCGCGCAAUCCAUUCCUCGUCAAUGCAAUCGCUUGGACUGGAAGAAUGCUUCACAAGGGCAGGGGGUGCAAGAACGAGGUCGAGGCGGGCGACGCGCGGCUGCUCAAGCCAUGGAUCUGGGGCGAGGAAUUCCGCGGCGUCGGGGACGCAAAGAGGGCGCCCGCGCCCGCGAGCAAUGUCGGUAAGAAGCAGCUGGAUUUGAAUGCGCCAUUGCUGUCGGUGCGAAGGAAUCGAGAUGGAGCGCCCGGGGAAUGUGGCUCUCGCGGCGAUCCCAAUCCUCGCAAUUCCGCCAGGACUUCCCGGCGCAGCAGUAGCUUCAGCCAGCGGCCUCUGGUUCCAUUCUUCACUUGGGAGCUGCCACCGCCGCUGCCACCCAUCGAAUCCAUCGCUCUUCGCGAGGGAGACGAUCGCGCUGUGACUGGCGAUGGUGGAGAGCAAUCAGAUGCUACUACUGCUACUGCCCUGGUGCUCGCUCCACCUCCAGAGACAACGAGCAAGAAGAAAGGAAGGAAAGAGACGACGAGCUUCUUGGAGUUCGCGGACGCGAGGUCGGACUUUGCUCACACCGAGACGCUGUCGAUUGCUCCAACUUAUAUGGUGAGUGAGCUUGGGGGAGGAGAGGAAGAGGGAGAAGAUCGAGAAGAUGGUGGCGAGUGGGAUUGCAACGAAGAGGAGGCUAUGGCUAUGGUGGAGUAUAACUCCAGCGAUCGAGAUAUGAUCAUGCAAAGGUUCUUGCCGGCGGCCAAGGCGGUGGCUCGCGAGACGGCGCAGCAGCAGCAAACAGAGUUGGCGUGGAGGAGGCCUUUGAUCGCUCAUCCUUCUCCGCAAGGCCACCAGUAUCGCAAAGAACAACACCACCAUCCACCGCCAAGGCCGGAGAAGAAAAGCUUUGCAGAGCUGAUCAAGAUGCAUGACGAUGCUGGAAACUCUCGGAGUGAGACGAGGAGGAGUGGUGGUCUUCGCGACUCGGAGGGUGGCGACGGGGAUCUCUCCAGCCAGCGCUACACCACCAUUGUUGGCAGCGUUUGUGGUUUCUUCCCGCUGCUCAGGAUGAUCCAAGCCAGCGGCAAUGAAGGCAGGGGAUCUUCUUCUUCUCCUCGACGAGCGAGAGCUUCAAAGAAAAAGUUGGAGGUGGAACGAGAAAGUCUUGAUUGCGAAGAUGACGGUGAUGAAAGCUGCAGCACGGAGUGGUGGAGUGACGAGGGUGGCGAUGGUGGUCGCGAUGAGAAUGAUCUCGAGGACGAAUCGAGCGAGUUUCGGAAGAACACCAGUUACUUGGCUUGCCGCUACACUCCAUCCCGCGGCGGUCUCAAAUCUCCGGCCAUGGUGGAGAGCAAAGGCUUCCUGGGAAUGCCGAGAGACCGACGAGUUGGAUCCACGUUCAUCAAGCGAAUGUAUCCCAUCGUCAAGUCGGACAGCAAAACAGCCGCAAAGUUCCAGACAAACAGCAGGAACGCUACCAGCAAUCCAGCGAAUGGAAACGAGAGCGAUUCGAGCGAGUCACUCACGUCGAUCCAACUUUCGAGACGAGCUUCGAGGCAGAACUCCUACAGUGGCGGCCUGGCCACGGAGAAAGUUUUCUGCCUCGACACGCUCGAUCAGAUGCGGCAGGGAGUUCUCACGGAAACUUUCGAUCCAGCCAAGCCCGUCAAGACGAUGAUCAAGUCGUCCAGGAAUAAGAGCGCGAACGCUCUGGACGAGAGAGGCAUUCAUCCAGGCGUGGUGAUCCCAGACGAGAGCUUCUCGUCAAUGGGAUCCAAGCAGCGUGUGGAGGAAGAUCGGCUGUUCAUCUACGUGCCUUCCAAGACCAAGAUCACAGCCAGUUCUACAGUCACACCGAGAUCAUCGAAGAACAACCCCUUCGGAGAAGCCGAAGAUCGCGAGGAUCACGACAAAUCUCCAUCAAACGCGAGGAUCUACUGGGGAGAGAGCGAUGAUAGUCGUGAUCUUCGGGAGGAGAUCGAUGCUGCUAGCAUUGCUCUUCCGGUUCCAAGAGGACCCUCUGAAUCGUGGCUCAGGGAGAAGCUUGUCAAAGCUCCAGGCAAGCCACCUCUCGCGAGAAGGAACCUUUUGGUCUCCACGGGGAAGUCCGCCAACUUUUAGUAUACGAUCGUAUAGUAUCAGCCAGGUGGUCCAUACGGCAGUGGAAUGAAUAAAACCCCAUAGCUAGUGUGAGUUGGCAAA